AUGGGAUUUUUUAAUAAAUUAUUUAGCUGCCUUUCAGCUGGGAAAUAAAAGGAAGGGCAUAAAGGAAUGAAACAUUAGCAUAGUCAGGCUGAGCAAAAUAGAAUGCAAAUGCUGCAAAAUCAAUAAAAUUUACAAAUUCCUCCAUUAGAAAAUAUCUAAGGGAGUAAUGAGGAAAGAAAAAAUGAAAUUAUCCUCAAAGGACUUAGCAAAUAAACACAAGAGGUUCACAUAAAGUCAAAUGAACUUAACAAUACUAAUUCUGGCGAGAGUGAAAAAGCUAAAAAAUCAUCAAAUUCAUAGCUAUAGUCUCAUUCAAAAAUAUAGGAUAAUUAUAUUGACAAUUCGGUCAACGCUGCUGAUGGCGAUGAUAAAAACAAUCGAAAUGGAAAUUUAAAUCAAAGUAAUUAUUCUAAAAAGAAUCCAAGCUUUAGUCAAUAGAAUAGCUCAUAAGUUAAAAAAAAGAAUGGGCAAAGUAGUAAUUAAGGCUAAGUUAGUAUGAACUUAGAAGCGCAAAACAUAUCAAAAGUGUCUUAAAAAGAAGAAAACUAAGAAACCAAUUUUAACAAUAAUCCUGGUAGUAAAAAUAAUACUGAAUCUAUUUCAACUUCAUAAUCUCAAAUAAGAAAUAAAAAUUACAAAUAAUCAAAUCAUAUAGAUAACACUUCUCUUGAUUCCACAAAAGUCUCUCUAAAUGGUAGCACUGUGACAAAUAAAGAUGAUAUUUCAAAUUCCUAAGAAGAAUACGCUAUGAUUGAUAAUAAAAUAAAAUGGAUUAAAUCUUUAGACAUAAAAAAAAGAGCCGAAGAGGAAGAAAAAAUAAUAUCAUAUUUCAUAUAAAAUACCACUUGUUUAUCAUAAAAUGUUCUUAGCUUUUAGUGGGCAAACGAAUUUUCAGAAAAUAUUAAGAAAAAAAUAAUCUUAGGAAAUCCAAUAAAUAAUUAAAUGUUGGUAGAUGCAAAUGGAAAUCUUAAAGAAGGACUUUAAUUAAAUUAAGAUUAUAUGCUUGUAAGUGAUUAAGUAUGGUAUUUUCUUUAUUAAUUGUACGGCGGAGGUCCUCAUAUAAUACAUGAUAAUGAUCCUUCUAAGUUGAAAAAGCUGUUAUUUAGACCUUAUAGAUUAGAAAAUAAUUCAAAUUAUUGCUACAUGAAUGCAUGUUUGUAAAGCAUUUUAUCAAUUGGAGAGUUAAAUACUUACUUUUUUGACAAGAUGUACUUAGAAUAUAAAGACCAAAUCACAAAAAAGCCACAUAAAUUUACAAUUGCAUACUCUGAUCUUUUGACGAGAUUUUAAAAAUCAAAUUCCAAUCAAAUAAUUAGCCCUAGUUUAUUUAAAAAAUACUCGUAAUAGAAUUUUGAUCCUAAUGAGCAGCAUGAUGCUUAAGAAUAUUUAAGAUUUGUUUUGGGUGAGAUAUAAGACGAGUUAAAUUUCCCUUUACCAAAUAAAAGACCAGCAGAAUUCAAAGAUUCAUAAUAAGCAUCUAAAUUUUACUUUAAAUAUCAUACAAGUAUCGUAGAUAGACUCUUUUGUGGGCAGCUUAUAUCUAAAGUUUAGUGUUAAAAGUGUAAAUAUAUUUCUAGUACAUUUGAUCCAUUCUUAGAUUUGAGUCUUCCUAUAGAGUCUAAGAGCCUAAAAGACUUAAAUAGUUGCAUGGAUCUUUUCUUUAAGCCUGAAGAAAUUGAUGGCGAAUAUAAAUGUGAGAAGUGCACAAAAACAUCUAGAGCAAUUAAAUCUUGUCAACUAGGAAACAUACCUAAAUAUUUAGUCAUUCAUUUGAAAAGAUUUAAAAUGUUCCCUUAUAAAACAAAAAUUAAAUAAUAAAUAAGCUAUCCCUCAACUCUAGAUAUUUCCAAAUAUUAUGCAAAUAGUGGAAAUGAAAGCACCAAAUAUUCAUUGAAUGGUGUCAUCAUUCAUUAAGGAAGCGCAGAUAUAGGCCAUUACGUAUCUUUUAAUAAGAGAAAUGAUAAUAAGUGGUUUUAUUGCGAUGACGAAAGCAUUUAAGAAUGCAGUAAUAAAGACGCUUUAGAUUAAGAAGCUUACUUGCUUUUUUAUGAAAAAAUUUGA